GCAUGAAAAACAGACAACAAUUGUAGUUACUGCUAAGCCCUCGUGUAGUCGUGCGUUGUUGAUCGUCGGCUUGUCCGGUCAGGCAAUGGCGAAGACGCCGAUAAGGCUGGAGCCGGUGGUGGGUUCGCUGACUCCGUCCAAGAAGAGAGAAUACAGAUUCGCCAACCGUCUCCAAGAAGGGAAGCGCCCCUUGUACGCCGUCGUUUUCAACUUCAUUGACUCUCGCUACUUCAGCGUUUUCGCCACCGUCGGCGGCAACCGGGUACCCCCUCUCCAAACUUUUCCUUUUCUCUUCGGAGCAAAACCUUGGUUUCCUACAAUUUUUCAUCUUGACUUUAUUUUCUCGGAGUUUGAUGGGUUCUAAGUUUUGUUUAUUUAUUUAUUUUUAAAGUAGAGAUUAGUGCAUUGCAAAAUUAGUCAAUAUUGAAUCAUCUUUGAGCAACAUGAGGUGAUGCAGGGAAGGUAGGAGUAGAACAAACAGAAACUAAGAACACCGUAAAAUUAAAGACGGAACCAAGAAAACUUAGGUUUUCAACCUCAAGUUUAUUGUCAAACUAAAAUUUCAUUGGUGGAAAUGUCCGAAGUUUGCAGACAUUUUAAAGAAAUGAGGAAGCGCGGAUUUCAGAUAGAUGAAGUAAUUUAUGGUCAACUGCUUAUGUUUUUCAUUGACAGGGGAAUGGUAGAAGAGUUCCACUUUUUCUGUGGACCUAUCAAAGAUGGGAAUUGUAAUUCUAUUCCAAGAUUAGGUUAUUAUGAGAUGCUGCUCUGGAUAUCAGUCAAUAACGAAGAAAUGAUUAGGAAACUUUGUGAUUACAUUGCAGCUGAUGAUAAUGAAGACAAUCUUCAAUU